AUGACUCCUAACGCUGAGCCAGGACGGCGCGCAGGAGAACACGAAGGAGGCGAUCGACGACAUCAUGACCCGCAGGAAGCGCUCGUGCGGCAGGUGGCCCAGCCCAGGUUCGCGAAGAGGUGCUUCGAGCACUUCAUCCUGCGCUGGGGGAUGAACACCGCGCUCGAGCCCCAAAAAGAGGAAAAGCCACCCGCACCCCAGCAAUUCUUCUCCCUCAGCCAGCCGUUCGAGCCCCGCCGCCAGGAGGCUGAGGAGAAGUCAUACGUCGACACGGAUGCCGACGACGAUGAGGGCUCGGUGCCGCUCCCCAGCGCGCCGCUGCUCAUGCGCCACCAGUUUGCAGACCAGAACAUCCACCUCCCACGCAUGCCGCUCAUCGGCAACCUCAUCGACUACCACGACGACGACGACGAGCGCAAGCUUGCGCUCGACCUCAGCCUCGACCUCGACCGCUGCCUCACGCCUCUCGGCCCUCACGGCGGCGACGCGGAGCUCAUCUUUUCCUACUGCCCCUUGCCCGCCGCCGAGUGCCUUCGACUCACUGGAAUCCUUGAGCUCACGCACUCGCCCUUGCCUGUGACCCACAUUCGCUUACGCGCGACUCCUCCAGCUCACGCACGUACGUCCGACUUCUCGUCAACCCCUCCAUCCACUCUUCAUCCUGUAUCAUCGCCGACACUGCACGCGCACCUGACCCCGCAUCCCCACACCCUCACCUCACCUCGUCCUGUGGACGAUGCGACCGUUCGACCCCGUGCACGCCCGAUCCCCCAUUCCUCGGCCGUCCCGCGCUCGUGGCUGAGGAAGUUGAGGAAGGGCGGCGGCGGUGGAGGAGGAGGGGGACCGGGAGCUCAUAUGAUCAUUGACGGCGAGAAUGUCGUGAUGGAUGCCCCUUUGCUGAGCAGGACAGACGUCAUGAAGGUGCGUCGUCGUCCCUCCUUACGCCAGUUCCUCUCCGCACACGCGUGUAUCCCGGUCUCAACUUUCUGCCCGCCCCUCCUUCGACCUGCGCCCCCUCAAUUCUAA